AGACAUGUCUCUCUCGAGAUAUGCACCCAAGCUACUAGUAUCCAGGAAAUAGGAACGGGCCUAGAAACAAUGAGGACCUGAGCUGGUAGAUAGGGAGGGGAGGGGGGUCAAGCCAUCAAAGUUCGGCUAGAAGUCCAGCAGAAUCCAUUCCACGAGGCGUCUGGAUGAUUGCAGGACUCAAGCGUUGCCUGUUCAAGGUUCAGUAGCGUCCUCCAGAGACAUGAUAUUUGUUACAUGUAGGCCAAGAACCAUGGCCGGCUAGAUCUUUCAGGACUCAUUGGACAGGGAUCGGGCUACCAGCCUACCUUACCUCAGAUGGUCCUCGCGGGAUGAUCUCCUGCAUCUCAACUCGGAAAUCACGGCCCGGGGUCUAUCAGUGCUUUGAACUACGCACAGCUGUGAUGAACACGAAGCGGGGAUGGUUUACAUAUUCCAAGACCCCCACAGCAAACCAUGACCCCGACGAUAUAAGCUCUCCUGUGUCUGUUUCCUCUGCCAUCCCAUCCAUCAUAUUCCAUUCCAAGCUAUUUCAUGCGAUGUCUUCACCGACUUCAGUAAACACCACGGACGUUGGCGGGAGAGUAUACAAACGUCGACCUGGCGCUUGCGAAACUUGCAAAGUACGAAAGCGAAAAUGCGACGGUGGCAGGCCAAGCUGCGAUAAGUGCCUGGUAAGUGUACUGGUGCCUUGAUAGUACCACUUGAUGAAUUCUCACGAUCUGCA